GUCUGUCAGUUCCGCUAACGCGGGUUUGGAAGUCAUUUGCUACAGCUUCACUAUGGCCACUCCUAAAAGACCGUACGCAAUGGUGAAGCAGAGUUCCAGUUCUGUGAAGCGAGGCAGGGGCGAGGACCACCCGGAACCAUCGAAAUUUGAGCAAGAACUAAUGUUGUUGGAUGAGUUGGAGGCAGAGGAUGUGGCAUUGGUAGAUGAGAGUGCAACACUGGCUGUCGUCGAUGCGUCUCCCAGUUCUCUUUGGUCAAGGCCUAUCCCGCCAUCAAUGGACCCCGAUCGUGAUAGUAUUAUCUUUCAGCAAUUCGAUGUGUCUCAUUACAAGGGUGACCGACUGGCGGGAAUGCCCGGUGCAGGCGAGAGCCCUGUUCCGAUCGUCCGCUUAUUUGGUAUCACACAAAAGGGAAACAGUGUAUGCGCCCAUGUUCACGGAUUUGUCCCCUAUUUUUACGUGCCCGCACCCAAAGAUUUCUCCGUUUCACACUUGGGCACUUUUCGGGAAGCAUUAAAUACUGCUCUACUAAAAGAUGCGCGAACAAAGGAGUUCGAUGGCCUCAAACAUCUGGUCCUGAUGGUCGAUUGUGAACAAAAACAAAAUAUAUACGGCUAUCAUGGCAAGCGCAAGCUGCCAUUUCUCAAAGUGACAGUCGCUCUACCUCGCAUCAUAAGCGCUGCCAAACGAAUACUGGAGAAUGGAUUUGCUUUCGGAGAAUACCCCUUUCAGUCUUAUCCAGCUUUUGAGGCAAAUAUUGAUUUCGAAAUCCGUUUUAUGGUCGACACCGAGAUCACCGGUUGCUGUUGGGUGGAAGCUCCACCCGGAAGCUAUCGUCUUCGGGAUUCAUCAGAUGUCAACGAUCAGAAGGUGUGGGGAAAUAGUUCAGCCCAAAAAUCUCACUCCAAUGUUGCACCAGCUCAGUCCCGAUGUCAGAUUGAAUUUGACAUAGCUUGGGAUGCACUUAUCGCUCAUCAACCUGAUGGUGAGUGGAGUUCAAUCGCUCCUCUGCGGAUCCUCAGCGUGGACAUUGAGUGCGCCGGACGGAAAGGUAUAUUUCCUGUACCUGAUCAAGAUCCCGUCAUUCAAAUCGCUACGAUGGUGUGCAACUACGGGGAGAGUACGCCGUUUAUUCGAAAUGUGUUCACACUAGACACGUGCGCUCCGAUUGUGGGUUCGCAGGUUGUGUGCCACAAAACGGAAAAGGAGUUACUCGAGCAUUGGGCCAUGUUCGUGCGACAAGUUGAUCCAGAUAUCAUCACUGGUUAUAACACGCAGAAUUUUGACUUACCAUACUUGAUCAAUCGAGCAAAUCAUCUGAAAGUGGACAGCUUCGCUUUCCUCGGCCGUGUUCGCGGCGCCAGAUCCACCGUGCGCGACGUGAUGACACAGUCGAAACAAAUGGGGAGACGAGAGAACAAAUUCACCAAUAUCGAGGGGCGCGUUCAGCUGGAUUUGCUUCAGAUUUUGUUCCGCGACUAUAAACUUCGCAGUUACACGUUGAACGCAGUCAGUUACCAUUUUCUGGAGGAACAAAAAGAGGAUGUAGAGCACAAUGUAAUUUCAGACCUUCAAAACGGGGAUGCCCAUACACGCCGUCGGCUGGCUGUCUACUGCCUAAAAGAUGCCUACCUGCCAUUGCGACUGUUGGACAAAUUGAUGUGCGUGGUGAAUAACAUUGAAAUGGCACGUGUGACUGGGGUUCCGUUGACCUAUUUGAUCACCCGAGGACAACAGGUCAAGGUCAUUUCACAGCUUCUACGCAAAGCUCGGGAGCAUGACUUUGUUUUACCGACGUACCAGUCACAACAGGGUGACGAAUACGUUGGGGCCACUGUAUUGGAGCCCAUCAAAGGAUUUUACAACGAACCAAUUGCCACGCUCGACUUCGCUAGUCUGUAUCCCAGUAUCAUGAUGGCCUACAAUCUGUGCUAUACUACCCUUAUGCAAGUGAGUAGUACACCCGGCGGAGCAGCAGCUGGAUUGAAUGCUUUUGUCGAACGAUACAACCUUUCUCCGGACGACUACAUCUGCACACCAACGGGGGCAUAUUUUGUCAAGUCUUCUGUCCAUCGUGGCCUGCUGCCUGAGAUAUUAGAACAGUUGCUCAGCGCUCGUAAAAAGGCGAAGGUUGACCUUGCCAAGGAAACUGACCCACUACGUAAGCGCGUGUUGGAUGGUCGUCAGCUGGCUUUGAAAAUCAGUGCAAAUUCUGUCUACGGCUUUACUGGGGCUCAGGUUGGUAAACUCCCCUGCCUGGAAAUUUCAGCCUCAGUUACCUCCUUCGGCAGACGAAUGAUCGAUCAAACCAAGGAACAUGUUGAAGGAAAAUUCACCAGGGCUAAUGGUUAUGCCCAUAACGCUGCUGUAAUUUACGGUGACACAGACUCUGUGAUGUGCAAAUUUGGUGUCUCCACCGUAGCUGAAGCUAUGGAAUUGGGUCGCAAAGCUGCUGAAAUCAUCUCUGCGGAAUUUCCAAAUCCUAUUAGGCUCGAAUUCGAAAAGGUUUAUUUCCCGUACUUGUUGAUCAACAAGAAGCGAUAUGCUGGUCUCUAUUUCACCAAACCAGACAAACACGAUAAGAUGGACUGUAAAGGAAUCGAAACAGUUCGACGGGACAAUAGUCCUCUUGUGGCCAAUCUGAUUCAAGCGUGCUUGGAGCGAAUACUUAUCCACCGUGAUCCGAAUUCCGCAAUCACCUUUGCUCAGGGUGUUAUUUCCGAUUUGUUGUGCAACCGAAUCGACAUCUCCCAAUUGGUUAUAAGCAAAGAACUUACUAAAACAGACGAAGAGUAUGCGGGUAAGCAGGCCCACGUAGAGUUGGCAGCGAAAAUGCGCAAACGGGAUGCUGGCUCCGCACCCCAUCUGGGCGAUCGUGUCCCGUAUGUGAUUACUGCAGUUGGAGGUAAAAAUUCAGCCACCUAUACGAAGGCUGAAGAUCCCCUAUAUGUCUUGGAGCACAACGUUCCCAUCGAUACCAAAUACUACCUGGAAAACCAGUUGGCCAAUCCCCUCUUGCGUAUUUUUGAACCUAUUUUGGGAGAAGCCAAAGCCAAAUCUGUGCUGCUAAAUGGUGAGCAUACGCGCGUGAAAGCGGUGGUUCACUCGAAGGUUGGGCAGCUGUCUGCGUUCACACAGAAGCGCGCUACUUGUGUAGGUUGCCGCACAUUACUACCAAAUGACAAGGCUGAAGCUGCCCUCUGUAAAUACUGCGAGCCUCGUGCUUCGGAAAUCUACCAAAAGGAAAUAGCACAACUGAAUGUGAUGGAAGGUCGUUUUGCACGUUUGUGGACGGAAUGCCAGCGAUGCCAAGGCAGUAUUCAUGAAGAGGUCAUUUGUACCAGCCGGGAUUGCCCUAUAUUCUACAUGCGUAUGAAGUCGCGAAAAGACACAGAAGAACAGUACAAGGUUGUCAAACGAUUCGGGGACCCUGUUUGGUAAUUUAGCCCCGAGCUUUAUGUGCAUUUCACUGAGACCUCUCACCCCCGGUUGUAUUUAUCUGUUCCAUGUUAUUUUUUUAUCGUCCAGAUUGCCCAAAAAUCCUUAUUCUAUUCGCCU